UAUAGAGGUACAUAAAAUAUUAGGUACCUAGGUAAUUUAUUCAUAAAACGCGGUGAUUACAUAACAUCUCGGUACUUUACUCUUCUAUAACGGAAGGUGGUUUAUCUCCAUCUUUCAUAAAGCGCUCAUUAAAUGCACCCGGAAACCCAAACCUGCAACACCAAUAGGUGAAUUAUAAAAGCCGAAAAUGGCUCCGGUUCAUAAAAUAGCUCUCAUCCAGCUUCAUCCUAAGCCCCUCGCCCCCGCAGAGAACUUUGCCAAGGCUGAGUCGUUCAUCAAAGAUGCUGCUAAGGAAGGAUGCAGUUUAGCUGUUCUACCCGAGUACCACCUUACCUCCUGGGUUCCGGAUGAGCCAAAUUUUAAGGAUUCGUGCGCAGACUCGGCAUUGUACUUGGAAAAGUAUCAGCAGCUGGCCAAAGAGCUGAGUAUCUGCAUCGUGCCUGGCACGAUCGUUGAGUUGGAAGGCGGGUCUUUACACAAUAUCGCAUACUUUAUAUCUUCAAAUGGAGAGAUACUCGGGCGAUAUCAGAAGAAAAAUCUCUGGCAUCCGGAACGUCGUCAUCUAGUAUCGUCAGCUAAGCAGCCGCAUGAGGCUUUCGACACGUCGUUAGGACGUGUGGGAUUGUUGAUUUGCUGGGAUAUCGCGUUCCCAGAGGCGUUCCGGGAGCUGAUUUCAGAUGGUGCGCAAAUCAUCUGCGUGCCUACGUUUUGGAGUAUGAAGGACGUGUCAGAUGAGGGAUAUGCCCUCAAUCCCGAUGGUGAGGCGCUAUUCUUGAACAGUACUGUGGUUAGUCGGGCAUUUGAGAACACUUGUGCAAUCGUGUUCGUGAAUGCGGGAGGACCGCCGGAAAAGGGGGAGAAGACUAGCUUCGCGGGGUUGAGUCAAGUCAGCGUUCCCCAUAUUGGUUCGCUUGGGAAGAUGGACCGGUCCGAAGGGAUGUCAAUUGUGGAUCUAGACAUGAACAUUCUGAAGAUUGCAGAAGACAACUACAAAGUAAGAGAAGACAUGAGGGGAGAAGGUUGGCAUUAUGCAUAUACGCAAAUUAGGGACGGGAGCAAACUGUAAAGGUGUGGUUGAAAUACGCCAAAUCUUGACCUUGAUUGAUGGUAAUGGUACCUAUUUUAUUGAAUUAUUGAAUUACUUGAUAGGUCUACAAAGUAAAUUCUGAUAGAACACUCGUUAAACAUUUGUUGCCGGCCCCCCCCUUUUUUUUUUUUUUUUGGCAAUGUAACUCAGG